GGUGUUAAUUGGACCCUUUCAGGCGGAAGACCGUUCAAAUUGAAACACACUCCGCCGUCGGCGCGUCUCAGACAAUGGCCGAGUCUCGGAGAGUCCCGCUCACCACUCUGAGCUGUGGCGUCGGCUCAUUUGGUUCUGAAGCCCGGGGUUCCGUCCAGCGGGGUUCUCCCGUCGUUCCGCAGGACGCCGGAUCCGGCGCGGCCCCGCCAUCUGUCCCCGAGACAGUUCGGCUGGUCCUCAUUUUGUUUGAGCCCGGCAAGAGGAGCUUUCCGGAGUUUAACUACAGUGAGCUGAUUGAGAACGAGCAAACGAAUGACGUCCCACUGAGCCGACUGGAGCUGGAAGAACAACGAGAACAUGAAGAAGCUGCUACAGCAAAGUCAGAAGAAAAAUAUGAAGCCAAACAUAAGAAUAAAGAUCGCAUUGAGGAUCUGCUUGACAUUGGAUAUGGAUAUGAUGAUGAGGAUUCUUUCAUUGACAACUCGGAGGCAUACGACGAGUUUGUGCCGUCCACCCUUACCACUAAAUUUGGUGGAUUCUACGUGAAUUCAGGCAUUCUGCAUUUUCGUCAGGCCACUGGCACAGACGACUCAACAGACGAGGGAAUAUUUCAACCAUCUAAAGUAUGUGAUAAACGUAAAGUUGAUGGUGAGCAGAAUCCAAAGAAACGGGGUAAAGCACUCGGUGUGAUGAAGACAAACACAAAUUUAAGCACUAUGUCCAAACUGGGGGUGGAUGAAGGAAAACUGAAAAAGAAAAAGCCCAAGACGUUGAGCGUCACCAGCAUGCUGAAGAAGUUUCAGCGAGAGAAGGAAAGGGAGCGGCAAAAACGGGGGAAGGCACGCCAGACGACAGCUGCUGUAACAGAACCAGCGAUUGUGUCCUCCAUGUCCCCAGCAGAUGAAGCUGGAGCAGGCAGCUCCGGUCUAACGGACCCUCUCCUCAGUUUGAUCGGCUGCACCAACGAUCACGCUCUGAUCCAAGCGGCCAGCACUGUGGAUUUUGACAUAGAUUUGGACUCCUUGUUAGAGGUUAGCGAAGAGUCUCUGUCGCCAAAAUCUCUUCCCCAAACAGCUGCUGAAGCACAACUUAACGUCAAAUCAGAUGAUCAGAGCCAGCAGAACGUUCAGUCUGAAGGUGAAUCCCAAAUCUUAACCACAAAGACCAGCUUGCUCCCGGCCCCUCACUCAGAGGAACUUCAGUUCCAGGCUGAAGCCGGUCCUGUGGUUCUGACUCAGAGUGCACCGCUGCCUGAGGGACUUCCCCCAGAACUGGAGGACAGCAUUAGGAGCCUGGUGACGGCUGCCAAGACAUCUGAGGGAGAGUCAAAACUCAAGUUCUUCAGUCCAGAUAUCAACUCAAUUCUACUCAAUAUUGAGCUGCAGUGUCAGGAGCAGAGCAGCCAGCUUCGCUCCAAGGUCUACAAACACCUGUCCUCCUUCAUGCCCUGCAGUAAGGAUACUUUGCUGAAACGAGUCAAGAAACUGCUCAUCACACAUGAAGAGGAAACUCCUGGUGCAGAAGAUCAGCUGCAGCAACUUAAGGAGGCCAUUGAAAGAUCAAUGCCAGAGCAGGUGGCUUGCUUCCAGGAAAGUUAUCAAGCCUAUGAGCAAGCAAAGAUUUCAAAGGAAACGGAAGAGGACGGGGAGGUAGAAAAAAGUAUCAGAAAAGCUGUUCCAAAGAAGUUGUUCAAAUGGAAUCAGGAGAUCAGAGAUUGCUUGGGUCUCUUGUUGAAAGAGAAACUGGUGACAUGUCAAAAGGAGGGGAAAGAAGGGCAAGAGAUUGAAGAAUACAUGAAGACUAUGCUUGACAAUGAAGUCAAACCUCUUUGGCCUAAAGGAUGGAUGCAGUCCAGGGUCCUGAUGAGGGAGAGCAGGAAGCUGUUGGGCCUCUUUGCUUCACUCCAAGUAAACAAGGCCAAGAGCUGUCAAACUGAGAAGCGUCCAGACAGGUGCAGAACCACUCGGGAAACUGAAGAACUAAAGGUGGAGUCGGGCGUCUCGGUCUCCAUCUCUCCUCCAAAGGCAGACGAACCUCCAGAGACUCCUGGAUGUUCCCUCCUGGAUAUCCUCGCUGACCAGGCACUGGCUUGUGAGCAGCCCCUCACUCUGUCCAGGGACUGUUUGGCUGCAGCAGUCUUCAAGCCCAGGAGCAUUGGGGUGAAUGACAGAAGUCCUCCUCUUCCUCCUCCACCACCUCACUCAAGCCCAAUCAGUUUCCCUGAGAGUCAGGUUGUUUUGCCUCAGCUGGUUGGAGAUAUGAAAUCUCUUGGAGUCUCCAAACUUAGAAACGGACAGUAGAUUAACCUUCAUGUAAUUGCAUAUUUCCUGAACCGCUUGCUGAACUGGUUAUUCCUGAGGGUUUACAGUAGCUCGGUCAGUUCUGAUAGAUAUUGAAAGAUUACUGUUAAAUUUCUGGGCAGUACUAACUUGGACAUUGUGAGAAACAUGACUCGUCUUCAAUACUGUCUGAUUGUAAUUCACCUUAUUAAAACUAAAUAAAACUGCAAAUGAGAGAUAUGAAGGAUUUGGGAACUAAAACUUGUUGAUGAGCAACAUCAGAAUAUUGUUGAAUAGUCUGUGUACGCAUCGUUCCCUCACAUCUCGGUGUAAUCAUAAUGAGGUGGCAGGGGCACCAGGUUAGAGGUUUUACAAGGACCAUCAACCUUCGGUUAACUUUGGAGAAGAGAUGAUCAAACAUCAAUCAAUGAAGGGUUUUACUGGUGACUUUUCUGCCAUCUGUUCGCUGCAUUCUCGUUACACGUGUGCAAAACUUUCAGUAUUUUACUAAUGUCAGGCUUGUUUCCUUUUAAAGAAAUCUAUUCAAACCAUGCAGUGGCAUGGUUAAUGUAGUGUGAAUUGCUUUGUGGUCUUCUGGACUAGAUAAAGCCUCAUUACAAUACCAGCAAUUUACCACUAGAAAUGGAUUUAUAAGUGUCUUUACAAAGCAGCAUAUCAACUUUCUAAUCCGUUAAAUUGUAUGGAUGUUGGACUUGUUUUCAUCAAACAUCUAAGAUAUUUAACAUUGCCUUUUCUUUACACAUCUUCCAGUAUCGCAACGUGUGAGAGCCAAGAAUGAAUCCCUGUUGGAUUCGAUGCUUAACCAAUCGUGAAGUGAGGGAAAUUGUAAGUGAACAUGAUGCACCAGAAAGUC